AUGCAUGGUCGAUCCAUCCAGAGAUUCACGAUACACGGUAUAUUUAGCACGGAAACACGUCUCUCCGGCAUAGACAACACAGUGACACACAGCAGAAAUGUCUUACAUCUGACUCCGGGUCUCCAGAGACGAGCUAAGCACUCGUCCGAAUGCUGGGCAUAUACGCGGUGGAAUAUCGUGUCUGUCGCGUCGCCAGUCAAGACGGUCAUCCUCGGCGGGUCGGAGGGGGCAGCCUCGGAUGACGCCUGUGGGCCUGUCAGACUGUGCAAGUGGAGAGAGAACGGGGACGUGAACAUCCGAGAAUCGUUAGGUGCCCGUCCCGGACAAAUUCGGUUACGGGAGAGAAGCCGAAGUGGCCAGGCUAAUGCCACCCAUAUCACCUCGAAUUUAAUUAACCAGGGCCGUCAUGGGGUCGAUUGGCAUGUGUUUUCUCCAUCGUGGUCGGCAAUUGAGCACGUCAAGACCGGACAGGAGGUUGAGAAGGAACAAAAAAUAAAGGACAAUCCUUCGAGGACGAGGUUCCACAUUCCAUGUAGCUAUUGA